GAUCAAAGUAAUCCGAACAUAAAUGAAAGAAUGAAAGGCAAAGUUAUACCUGAGGCCCCGAUGAAAAGAAACGUCAAAAUCUCUGAUAUGGUUGCCCGAACGUAUGGCGCCGUUGUGAAACCACCUGUAACCGUCAUCGAAAUGGAU